GGACUUUUCUCAAGGCUGUCACUUUGUCAUCACUAACAGUGUUAACAAGGAAGAAAGGAAAAGAGAUUGAACGUCCCCUUCUCUAUAAAACUCUCAUCCGCUGGCACUGCUGUGAACAGAUCUCUUUCCGUCGCCAAACGUUUCAGCAGCUCAAUAAGUCAUCUUACACACACAAUCUACAAAAUGGCCAAGUUUUCUUUCGUAGUUGUAUUGGCGGCUCUAUGUGUGCUGCAAUGUUUCGGUGUGAUUUCCGCCAGUGAAAUUCGAGUGAAAAGAGGUGGAUUGACAACGGGAACUACCAGCGGAUAUACCGCUCAACCCCACGUUCAUUAUGCCCCGGCUCCAGGUGCCGCAGCAGCAGCAGCGGCGGCCGCUGCUGCACAACAGGCCGCUCAAGCAGUCCAAGCGGUUCAAGCUGUCACAAGUGGAAUUGCAGAGGCGGCACAAGCAGCUUCAGCUGCAACAUACAAAGCAAAAGCAGCCGCACAAGCUGCCCAAUCUAAUCAAGUCAAAGUACAGGCCAUUCUACAAGAUGUCGCAGCCGCUGCCCAGGCAGCCCAGUAUGCAGCUAAAGCUGCGAUUCAAGGUGCAAAUGCCGUUCAAGCCGUUCAAGCAGUAGCCGCCGCCAACGCAGCCUCCGCUGUCUCCGCCGCAAAUGCUGUCCAACAGUCAACUUAUGUUAAAUCGAUCGGGGUCACGAAGGCAGCACAGGCUUCACAGGCAGCUAAAGCGGCUCAAGCGGUGCAGGCUGCCAAAUUGGCCCAAGCUCUCUCGCAGUCAAAAGGACAUCAUUAUUAAAAAUUCUGGAAGAAAAUAAAAUUUACUUUUACACAUUCGCAUUCAUUGUAUAUUCCUUCUUUAUAAUCAGUGUUCACUUUUCUGCAGCAUCCAAUAAACACUUACGUUUUUUCUAAUUGAAAAGUCAAAAAUCAUUUCGAAUUAUCCCAUAGUUACGGAAAGAAUUUUUGAUGACGCCACACGCUUGAAAAUCUUUGUUAUUCAGUUUCUGUUGUCAUCGCUUUGUCAAUGUGUCGAGAUGGCACAGAAACAAAAUUUCGGUACAAUACUGAUAAUUUAGUUAUUAUUUUUUUAAUUUUUUUUUUAAGAAAUUAUUUUCAUCGGCGUUUUGCAUUGGCAUUGAAUGAACUUCUAUUUUUUUAAAAUUUAUCUAAGGAAUCCAACCUGAAAGUAUUUACUCUCUGGUCGUGAUUAAAGGCUUUCACGUGGUGUACGUAAUUAAACAGGCAUGGGACCUAAUUCAAAGGCAUCCACCAAAGUUAAAAGCAUCCGCAAAAUAGUCUAAUUAUGAAAUCAACAUGAUGGUGGUUUGUAAAGAUUCAGGCUAUCGGGCGUCAAUCAAUUGCCAACGACAUUAAGCGUCAAGGAUUGCUAGGCCGUUCAAACAAAGAGAAGAAUAGCCUAUCUUCUAUCUAUAAGUCUUGUGGCACGUUGUCCUAGAUACAGUAGAACUAGGCUUUUUAAAAAAUCAAUGAAAAGGAUGCCUCUAGUAGAACAAUCAAGAUAAAGAGAAAAUAUCCUAUCCGUCACGACUUGAACACAAAAGAGUUUACGUCACAGUGGAAAUGACAUUCGGAGCAUUUCUCCUGUCUUGACUUACAAAGUAUAAAAACCAAGCGUUAGGAAUUGUUGGGUCUACAGAAUUGUUAGAAUCUUCAUCAUGUCUCGUUCAGUAAUGAUUUGUCUCCUAGUAUCUGCUGUUGCCGUUUUCAGCCAGCAAGUCAAUUCGCAGCAGAGACCCGACUUGGACUUGCACCAAAGAAUCAAACGAGGCGAUUUCUAUGGACCGAAUGGACUGGGAGCUGGAAAUGGGGGAUUGGGCGGUUAUGGUGGCACCUACGGUGGUUUGGGUUUGACCGGAAGUUCGUUCAAUCCAGUCCUGUUCCAAGGAGCUGCCGUGGCGGGAGGUUUCGCUAAAGAGGCCUACAAUGCCAAUUUGGCUUCUUUGGCGUCUGCCGAUGGACUUUUAAGCGGAGGAUCGUUCGGAGUUGGAUAUUACGCCGGAGCCGUCGCCAACGCGGCCGCUGCCGGUGCGGCGGCUGGCAACAAACACAAGGGAGGCUCAUCUUUGUCCUACGGUCGUCGUUGAGUCCGGAAUGAAAUUUUACUUUCGACUGCACGCACACUUUAUUACCUAUUCUGAUAUGAUACGUUUGAUACGAAUAAACUGUUUACAAGUUA